AUGGCUCCUCGCAAUCCACACAUCUUAUCCUGUAAUGAAUGCAGGGCCCGGAAAUCGAAGUGUUCAAAGGAACGACCGACAUGCGCGCAAUGCAGGUAUAACCAGAAGGAGUGUACCUAUGCACUGAAGGUCUCCCGAACCCCAUUGACUAGAGCUCAUCUCACUGGUAUCGAAGAGCGACUGGGUAUAUAUGAGACCGCCUUGGAGAGGCUUUUUCCGACGGGGGAUGUAGAACGAAUUGUCCGUUCCCUGGUGGAGGACCAAGGCGCCGAGAAUGUCCUGCUACCCUUAGAAAACAUUUCUCCGGAUGACCUGGACGUCACUACGGCACCGGUGGCUUCCCCCGAUCAGCUCUUGUAUUCGUUCUCAGCAUCAGCCGACAAUGAGUCUUCUCAUGAAGUUGGUACAGCGCUUCCGGAACCAAGCCUGAAUUUGGCUCAGGGGGGUCGUUUUCAACCCCCCAACGAGGAGACAUAUGUCGAUGCAUAUUUCAUGAACUACCAUCCGGGCCAUCCUGUCGUACAUCAGCCAACAUUCAGAGCUGAACUUAGCGCCCGCGCAUUUAAUCCUCCCAGCUUGGCGUGGCAGAUUCUGCACAAAGCGCUAAUGGCAGUGGGAGAGUGGACGCUAGGAAAUGUCCACUCCAAUGCCAACCUGGAUCUCUAUCAUCAAGCGAAAGAUCUUCUGCAAAAGAUCUCAUUAAUGGAGGUAGGAAACUUGACGCUUUUACAGGCGCUCUUGCUCUUGAGUGAUUUUGCACAAAAACGGGGCAUGCCUGACGCAGGGUUGCAGUAUCUCUCCGUUGCUGUGCGGAUGGCUAUCGGCCUCGGGCUUCACCGGGAGAGCCCGGAUUCAUUCUCUACUGUUUUUGAAAGAGAGAUGAGACGGCGAGUGUGGUGGACCAUCUACAUUUUCGACAGCUGCACUGCCAAAACCUUCGGCCUACCUCUCCUGCUGCCAAAUAAUAGUGAAAUAAGUACUAGACCGGUGCUUAAUGUACAUGAUGAGGACCUCGAUGCCACGACCUCUUUGUUACCGUUCGAGGUAAAUGGGCCGACGUUGUAUUCCGGAUUGAUUGGCCAGUCCCGAUUCCACGCCAUGGCAAAUGCUAUCUACCGUCGUCUAGUGGCAAAACCGAAUAUUUCUAUCGCCGAGAUGCAAGAUAUGGAGAAGAUGAUUGAUGACUGCCGGGUUUCCCAUCCAUCCUACCUGAUAGACGAGGAUUAUGCGCCCCGAUCAGAGUGGUUGAAAUUCUCCGGUGACCGGCUCCAAAUCUGCGACAGAAACCUGCGGAUUUUACUGUGGCGUCCGUAUUUCCUACAGUGGGUGAAAAUGAAUAGCAAAGGUGAAGCGUCUGAGGAUGGCCCGAAUGAUGUGUUUCGAGAGAACGGACUACGGUGUUUGUAUGCUGCUCGAGAAUCCCUGGAUCUGGUCCGCAAGAGCAUCGAGGGCGGCGCGCAUCUACGACUAGCCGCAUCUUUCUUAUUGUACUGUCUCUUCCACAUCACGCUGGUAUUCGUGAUAUCCCUCCGGCUGGGCCCUGCCUUACCAGACCCCAACAGUCUCCUAAAAGACAUCAAAACCAUCAAGAAACUUGUGUCACAGACAUGGCUCAUCAAUGACACACAAGUCAACAACUUUAUCAACCUCAUCAACAGGCUUACUCUCCCGCUUGAUUCCCCCAUGGAAGCCGCCCUAGCGGCCAACAUCUCACCCAACGGAGUAUUUAAUGGUGAUAAUAACUAG